GGUGUGCGCAUGCGUGGAGUUUGAGGCGUCGGAGUUGACGGAAGUCUGAAUUUAUAGUCACAAACGGAAAGUAGUCUUUAACCAAUUGUUGCUAAAUUGGUGUUUCCAGGCAAGCACGCCUCCUAGCUGCGUGUUGCUGUGGCAGGAUGCCGUCCAAUGACCAUGACCGACUGGCUGCUCCUGGAGACCUAGAGAUCUACAUCCCAGAGGACGUGUGCAUUCAGAGCCUGCCAGGCGACGUGACGUGUAUUUCGCCUGUCUCCCUGCAGAGCAGAGGGACGGCCCGGAACACCCACCGGCCGGACAACCUGCCUUCGCUGGUCAAGGAGUUCCAGCCUGGCCAUCCAUUGUCUUUUGUAUCCUCCAGUCUGGCUGCCUACAAGGAGAUCAGCAGAGUCAAACUUGCUCAGGUGCUGCCAGGUGCACCUGCUCAUCCCUCCUUACAGACUGGUUUCAAACCUCCAACGCAACAAGACUGCAUCAUCAUUCACCGUGAGAAAAUAUAUUUAAUGAUCAAAAACAAGAAAAGGACGGAGAGGUGCGGCAGUCCGUCUGCCAAGCGAGGUAUCGAUUCGUCGCCAUGUGUGCGUCCUGCGAACCAGUCAGAGGAGCUUUCCCAUGAAGAGCAGCUGGACACCAACCAACCUUCACCGAAUGACAGAUGCAGCCAGAACCUUAAUGGUGUGGAUCCGCCGCAUGAGGAGUUCUUGUCGGGGUCUGCUGACUCUGUCGACAGCGCCUCCUCUGGAGGGGGGGAAACCUUUGAAGCGGAGGAGGUGAUCGAUAACGGAGUCCAGCAGAACACAAGUCCAGCCACAUUGGAUGAGUUGACGGUUGCGGAGCUGCUGCAAAAGGAAAAGAUCGCGAGGAUAAAGAGCAACAUGAAAGCAAGACAAGCUCAACACCCCUCGUUGUUCUUGUGAACCGGUCGAUACCACACAUGCUCCCGAGCAUGAGCACUGAACACUUCCGUUGGUCUACAUUGCCUGUUGCAAGAUCAGUUCAUUUUCAUUGUGAUUUCUAUUUUUUUACUUCUACAAAGUGAAACAACUCCAGACUGUUUUUGUUUGAGCUCAUGUUACUCACUUUUUUGCAGCACCAUGUCUCAGAUUGUGGAAUAAA